GUCCGCUUUCGCCAUGUCGCGUUUCUCCAUCUCUCAUCUCGAUUGGCAUUUGUUUAUUCAUGCGUUGGCUGCCUGCAUCUGGACGUGAACCUACACAGUAAAGUAAGAAACCCACUCUGCCUCGGCACCCAAUCCUAGCCGACUGAGGACGAACGGGACUGCGGUCUUGUGGUUCGGGUGCUGUGAGUGGUUGAUCCAGUCGUGCAGUAGCGGGGGACUGCCGGUGGUGACAUGUCGGUGUUGUGUCUGCCUCUCUUCUUAUUUUUCUUUCUUUCUUUUUUCCGCCCUAUCUUUGUUAUGGUCCGUGGGGUCCGUUGUUUUUCCCGGGUGUCUGGCUGGUUGCCCGGCUCGAAAGACUAGCGCGCUUCAGUACGUACUUCUUGCUUCUCUCCUCUCUCCCUAAAGGUACCUGCCCUACAUCAGGUACCUAGGUACCUAGCUUAGUAGGGACUUUUCCAUAGCGCCCUGUCAGUGAAUCAUUCCUCCAAAUCCUUCAACGCUCCCUUCUAGCGCGUCAUUCCGCCCGCCCUCGAACCCCGCCAGUGAACCCCGUGCACUCCCUGCCGCCGAGUUGAGCCAGCUGCCGGAAAAAGCUGACAAAGAAUUCCAUCUCUCGCAGUCAACUCCCAAAGCCAACAGCUUCGACAUCUUCGAGAUACGUACAAGCUUCACUUCACGACAUCGUCAUUCUCCUCCCGAGUGCACCCACCGCCAUCACCACCACCUCCUUCUUCUCAACGGCCAAAACGGCCUACCACCCGCCCGCGCCAUGGGCUACAUCGGCGUCUCCCUCAUCCUCGCCUCUGUUGUCUGGGUCAUCGUCGCGCCCCCGCCAUGGAUACACCCCUUCAUGCCGCCCUUCCUCCUGGCAUGGCAGCACCCAAAGGCCCCGCCCGCUCUGCCGCCCUCGCAAAGACCGAAGUCCGAACCUUCAACGCCGGGAAGCGAUGACUCGACGAAGCAGAACGGCCACGCGCCCGAGCCCUCGAAGGACAAGCUCGAGCAGCGACAGCAGCCGCCACCCCGCGAUGCCCCUUCGACGCCGGCCCUCAAUAUCCCCGGGGACCAUCCCGUUGCCGCACCCCCGUCCCUCAAGACCGUCCAGGACCGCGCCGCGAUGCCUCCGCCCCCUCCUCCGCCAGUCAUCCGCCGCUCGUCCCCGACUCCCGCACCUCCUCCCCCCAUCCUCUUCGACCCGGAAUCUGAAGAGCAAACGACACCCAAAGCCAAGCCCUACGUCUCCGCGCCGCCCGUCCCGUCCUUCAACCUCGAGGAACCCUCCCAAGCACCGCCACCGUCUUUGUUCCCUGCUAGCACCGCCGCGGCCCCGGGCAGAGGAAGCAUGCCCCCGCCCCCGGCGCCCUCCUCGAACGUCAACAUGAUGCCGCCACCCGCGGCCCCCCGCGGCCCGGCGGCCCCGCCUCGCCUUGCCGCCUUCCCGGCCCUCAACUCCCCCCAACGCGCACGUGGCCCCGUUCCCAACCGCGCCCCUCCAUCCUCCUCCUCCCUUGGCUCAUCCCUCGCGCCGCCGCCUACCCACUCGGCCAAGGCCCCAAAGCCCACCCGCAAGGUCAUCCUAACCCCGGGCCACUCUCCGCUCGACUGGGCGCGCAUCUCAGGCCCCAACGCCGACUUGCGCAACCUCCCCGCCGACACCCCCUACCUCAAGGUCACGCCCUCGACCCUCAAGAAGAUGACGGGCCGCAAGGGCAAGGACGCCUGGAUGGCCCUCGGCGGGAGGGUCUACAACAUCACCCCCUACCUACCCUACCACCCGGCUGGCAUCCCCGAGCUGCUGAGGGGCGCGGGACGGGACGGCACCAAACUGUUCGGCGAGAUCCACCCCUGGGUCAACUACGAGACCAUGCUUUCCGCCUGUCUCGUCGGGCUCUUGGUCGAGGAGGACGAGGGUUCCAAGCCGAGCGCGAUGGACGAGAUGGACUAAA